GCUGCGGGCGGGCGGGGGCAGCCGGCGGAGGAGCGGAGCGAGGAGGAUGCGAGUGCGGCGGCGCCGCCCCGGCCCCGCGCUGCGCUGAGCUGAGCCGAGCAAGCCGAGCCGCCUCAGGGCAUAUUUUCAAGCCAUUUGUGAGGAAAUGUGGUGAAUGUAAACUUGCUCUCUUCGGGGGGGAAAUUGUGCUGAGGCUCGCAUUAGCCCUUUUGGCCACAGCCUUGCGAGGGGAAUUCAUGUUGAGCUGAUUGCUUCCCAGGACCCCUGGUCUCACAUUCAAUCUGUGCUUCGGAGGAUAGAGUCCUCUCUCUCCCUCUCAUCCUGAUUUUAGAUAAUGGGCUGUGUGCAAUGUAAGGAUAAAGAAGCAACAAAACUGACUGAUGAGAGGGAUGGCAGUUUAACUCAAAGCUCAGGCUACCGCUAUGGGACAGAUCCUACUCCUCAGCACUAUCCUAGCUUUGGUGUGACUUCAAUCCCAAACUACAACAACUUCCAUGCCACAGGAGGCCAAGGACUGACUGUGUUUGGUGGAGUCAACUCCUCCUCUCAUACAGGGACGCUGCGUACAAGAGGAGGAACAGGUGUAACUCUUUUUGUGGCGCUUUAUGACUAUGAAGCAAGAACAGAAGAUGACUUGAGUUUUCACAAAGGAGAAAAAUUCCAGAUACUUAACAGCUCGGAAGGAGACUGGUGGGAGGCCCGUUCCUUGACAACAGGAGAAACUGGUUACAUUCCCAGUAAUUAUGUGGCUCCAGUCGAUUCCAUCCAAGCAGAGGAGUGGUACUUUGGCAAGCUGGGCCGAAAGGAUGCUGAGAGGCAGCUGCUGUCGUUUGGAAACCCCAGAGGUACCUUCUUGAUCCGGGAAAGCGAAACUACCAAAGGUGCCUAUUCCCUGUCUAUUCGAGACUGGGAUGAUAUGAAAGGAGAUCAUGUCAAACAUUAUAAGAUUCGUAAACUUGACAAUGGUGGAUAUUAUAUCACAACUCGGGCACAAUUUGAAACUCUUCAGCAGCUGGUUCAGCAUUACUCAGAGAGAGCUGCAGGUCUUUGCUGCCGCUUAGUAGUCCCCUGUCAUAAAGGAAUGCCAAGGCUUACUGAUCUGUCUGUCAAAACCAAAGAUGUCUGGGAAAUUCCACGAGAAUCCCUACAGUUGAUCAAGAGACUGGGAAAUGGGCAGUUUGGGGAAGUAUGGAUGGAGAAAGCUGAUGGUUUGUGUUUUAACUUAACUGUGAUUGCUACGAAUUAUACCCCACAAACUGUUGGAUUGGCUAAAGAUGCAUGGGAAGUUGCACGUGAUUCAUUAUUUCUGGAACAGAAGCUUGGUCAGGGGUGUUUCGCUGAAGUGUGGCGUGGUACGUGGAAUGGAAAUACUAAAGUGGCUAUCAAGACCCUGAAGCCUGGCACCAUGUCUCCAGAAUCCUUCUUAGAGGAAGCCCAAAUCAUGAAGAAGCUAAAACAUGACAAAUUGGUUCAACUUUAUGCUGUGGUAUCUGAAGAGCCUAUCUAUAUUGUCACAGAGUACAUGAGUAAAGGGAGUUUGCUAGAUUUCCUCAAGGAUGGAGAAGGAAGAGCCUUGAAGUUACCAAACUUGGUGGACAUGGCGGCUCAGGUGGCCGCGGGCAUGGCGUACAUCGAGCGGAUGAAUUACAUACACAGGGAUCUGCGCUCUGCCAACAUCCUGGUGGGCAACGGCCUCAUAUGCAAGAUUGCCGACUUUGGAUUGGCAAGACUGAUUGAAGACAAUGAAUAUACAGCCAGACAAGGUGCAAAGUUCCCCAUUAAAUGGACUGCACCAGAAGCAGCGCUGUACGGAAGGUUCACAAUAAAGUCAGACGUGUGGUCCUUUGGGAUCCUGCUGACAGAGCUGGUAACAAAAGGGAGAGUGCCAUACCCAGGCAUGAAUAACCGGGAAGUCUUGGAGCAAGUAGAACGAGGUUAUCGGAUGCCAUGUCCUCAGGACUGUCCCAUCUCCUUGCAUGAGCUUAUGAUUCACUGCUGGAAAAAAGACCCAGAGGAGCGUCCAACUUUUGAAUAUUUACAGGGUUUUCUUGAAGACUACUUCACUGCAACAGAACCCCAGUACCAGCCUGGUGACAACCUGUAAAUCCUUGGUUUCCAGACACUGUCAUGAAUUACCAGGAAUUUCUCAGCCCUGUCCCACCUGCUCUCCACCUUCCAACUCUGUGAUCGGCUUCUCCAGAGUGCAACAUCUUCCAGCACUGCAGUGCACAGGAGGGGCUGCAGCUGGGAACUUCCACAGCCCUUGCCUACAACCACUUGUCCUAAUAAUCUGAAUGUCCUGGAUGAAAAGGAGAAAAACACUUGUUUUUUCCUAAUCAAAGACUCCAAAACUGCAUUGUAUUGAUGUUAUGUAAACUGCAAAACCUCUGUUCAUUGUAAAUAGUAACUCAGUGCCAAUAACUGAUCCUAGUGCUUUCCUUUUUUUAAAAUGCAGAACCUAUGUGAUUUUAACUAGUCUUCUCCUGAUUCAACUAAAAGUAUUAUUUUCCAGAAGUGGCCUCUUUGUCUAAAACAUUUUUUUUUUCAUGUUUUAACAAAUAAAAAAAUCAGGACAGGUGUUUGGGUUUUUGCUUUUUUAUAUAUAAAAUAUAUAUAAUAUAUAUACAUACCUGUACAUACAGUAUAUGGGUGCUAUUGCAGAGGAGGCUCAUUUGGAAUUGAAUGACUCCUGAUGCAGCUGUACCCAGAAAGCGAUAAUUUUACUGCAGACAUGAAAACACUGGUGGGAUUCUGAAAGCCAGUGAUCUAAUUUUUGGCUUUUGCCAAGCAUGAUUUUUUUAAAUUGGAUUGCACUUUUUGUUUAUGAUUAUGUACCUGUAGAUGGUUGUAACUUUGCUCUUUCAGGAAUCACGUGCUGUAUUUACAGUAAUGUUUCCAAUGUUUGACAAGUGUGUGAUGAUUUGUUCUUGAAAUUAAAACGAACAUAUUUAAAGCAAGAAAACUACACCAUCACCGUUUGAACUGGAAAAUUGAAACUGCAAGGACUUCUUGUAUCAAAACAUGUAUACUGAAUUGUUUCAAAAAAAUUUAUUAAGCAGUGUAACCACAUUCAGAUGGUCUUAAAAUAAUAGCAUUUUAGCCAUGUCCCCCUGCUAAACUGUUGGUCAUGCAACUAGGAUUUUUCUGUUUUAUGUGUAACAUUUUUCCAUUGUAAAAUAAGUGUGUUGAGUGUCCUGUACUGCUAAUGAAAUUACUUUCUCUGUGUCUGCAAGUUCUCCAGUGGAAUUACUAUGCACUUCUUUACAUUUCAUGGGGGAUGCACAGAACAAAGUAUUACCUUUUCAGUUGUCUGUACCAGCCUUGAAUUACUUACGUUUAACCAAAAAACACAAAAAAAAAAUUCCUUUCUAUUUCUAUUGAGUUUUUAAUACUGAGUUGCAAAUUUUAAAGUCUUAAUUACAUUUUGUUAUGGUUUAUUCACAAGUUUACAUUUUAAAACUGUUUAACUUUCUUAAUUUAGUAAUUAAAAAACAAAAGAGCAUUUUACAUUUGGAUAGUUGUUUUUUUGUUUAAACUGUGGAGCUAAUGGUGGACAUGAGAUGAAAAACUUUUCAAGAAGGGGUGUCAUGCCAUUUGGGGCAUGACAUUUCAUAGGAGUAUGCAGACCAAUUACCUAUGGGACAUCAUUUUCCAAAUUAUGAAGUCAAUAUGUUUUGAAAUAGCUGGAGUUCAACUGUAAGGAAGAAGGCUGAAUGCAUAGCUAGUCUCUCCUUUCUCUCUUCUACAGCAGUUUGUUCUUUAUUAGUUCUGUUGCAUUUAACAUGAAUACUUUUACAUUUAAAAGUGUUGCAGGAAAAGCUUUUCUAUGUCUUGUAUUGCUGUUACCGCUUUAAAAGAUUGUGGCCAACUAA